GCGCAGGUCGCGCACAGCCUCUCGGCGCGCAUCGAGGACCCCAGCUCGUCGCCGGCUCCUGGCGGGACUUUUUUCUUGUGUGGCCGUAUCUCCGGGAAGCCGUGCGCGCACGCCCCCAGUGCAGUCUCUGCCAUCCAGUGCAAAAACAUAUAGAACUCCAAAAACCCCCUGAGACCGCAUUCAGCAAACAUGAAUGAUAUUUCCCAAAAGGCUGAGAUUCUGCUUUCUUCAUCUAAACCUGUCCCAAAAACCUAUGUGCCAAAACUUGGCAAGGGUGAUGUAAAGGAUAAGUUUGAAGCCAUGCAGAGAGCCAGGGAAGAAAGAAAUCAAAGGAGAUCUAGAGAUGAAAAACAAAGAAGAAAAGAACAAUAUAUUAGAGAGAGAGAAUGGAACAGGAGAAAGCAGGAGAUUAAAGAAAUGCUUGCAUCUGAUGAUGAGGAAGAGGCAUCUUCGAAAGUAGAAAAGGCUUAUGUCCCAAAGCUAACAGGAACUGUUAAAGGUAGAUUUGCUGAAAUGGAGAAACAAAGACAAGAGGAACAGAGAAAGAGGAUGGAGGAGGAACGAAGACGCAGAAUUGAGCAGGAUAUGUUAGAGAAGAGGAAGAUACAACGUGAAUUAGCAAAAAGGGCUGAGCAGAUUGAGGACAUAAACAAUACGGGAACUGAAUCAGCACCAGAGGAAGGAGAUGAUUCACUACUUAUAACAGUGGUACCUGUCAAAUCACAUAAAACUUCUGGAAAGAUAAAGAAUUUUGAGGAUCUAGAGAAAGAACGAGAAGAAAAAGAAAGGAUCAAGUAUGAAGAAGAUAAAAGAAUAAGAUAUGAAGAACAACGACGAUCUCUCAAGGAAGCGAAGUGUCUUUCGUUGGUCAUGGAUGAAGAACUAGAAAGUGAGGCAAAAAGAGAAUCACUCUCUCCUGGAAAAUUGAAACUAACUUUUGAAGAACUGGAAAGACAAAGACAAGAAAACCGAAGGAGGCAAGCUGAAGAGGAAGCAAGACAACGUUUAGAAGAAGAGAAACGUGCUUUUGAAGAAGCAAGGCGGCAAAUGGUGAAUGAAGAGGAGGAAAACCAAGACACAGAAAAAAUUUUAAAAGAGUACCGCCCUGGUAAACUCAAACUCAGUUUUGAAGAAAUAGAAAGACAGAGGAGAGAAGAUGAAAAAAGGAAAGCAGAAGAAGAAGCCAGGAGGAGAAUAGAGGAAGAAAAGAAGGCGUUUGCUGAAGCAAGAAGAAGCAUGGUAGUAGAUGAUGACUUCCCAGAGAUGUACAAAACCGUUUCUCAAGAAUCUCUUACACCGGGAAAACUGGAAAUUAAUUUUGAAGAAUUAUUAAAACAAAAAAUGGAAGAAGAAAAGCGACGAACAGAGGAGGAAAGGAAGCAUAAGCUAGAGAUGGAAAAACAGGAAUUUGAACAACUGAGACAAGAAAUGGGAGAGGAAGAGGAGGAACAUGAAACCUUUGAAUUGAGUAGAGAAUAUGAAGAAUUAAUCAAACUGAAAAGAAGUGGCUCUAUUCAAGCCAAAAAUCUAAAAAGCAAGUUUGAAAAGAUUGGACAACUGUCUGAAAAAGAAAUACAGAAAAAGAUAGAAGAAGAACGAGCAAGAAGGAGAGCAAUUGACCUCGAAAUUAAAGAGCGAGAAGCAGAAAACUUUCAUGAGGAGGAAGAUGUUGAUGUCAAGCCUGCAAAAAAAAGUGAGGCCCCAUUUACUCAUAAAGUGAAUAUGAAAGCUAGAUUUGAACAGAUGGCUAAGGCAAGAGAAGAAGAAGAACAAAGAAGAAUUGAAGAGCAAAAGUUAUUACGGAUGCAGUUUGAACAAAAGGAAAUUGACGCAGCACUACAAAAGAAAAGAGAAGACGAAGAGGAAGAAGACGGUGGUAGCAUCAUGAAUGGUUCCACUAUUGAGGAUGAGGAGCAAACAAGAUCGGGAGCUCCGUGGUUCAAGAAGCCUCUAAAAAACACCUCGGUUGUAGACAGUGAGCCAGUUAGGUUUACUGUUAAAGUAACAGGAGAACCCAAACCAGAAAUUACAUGGUGGUUUGAAGGAGAAAUACUGCAGGAUGGAGAAGACUACCAAUAUAUUGAAAGAGGAGAAACUUACUGCCUUUAUUUACCAGAAACUUUCCCAGAAGAUGAAGGAGAAUAUAUGUGUAAAGCAGUCAACAACAAAGGCUCUGCAGCUAGUACCUGUAUUCUUACAAUUGAAAGUAAGAAUUAAUCACUUAAUCUAGAAUUUUUAUUCUAUUUAAUUAUUUUUUUCCUUUAAAAAAAAAUCACUUUUCUUCUUCUCUUUUUUAGCGGACGACUACUAGCUCCCCUUCCCUCUCCCUGGAACUUUCUUUCUCCCCCUCCUCCCCCUUUCUUACUACAUCAUGUUUUCUGUGGCGGGGCCAAAAUGGAAACCAGAAGUGCCACUAUGUUGACUUUUUAUUCCUUUUCAUAAUAGUCUUCAAAACACAAGCUCAUCUAAAGAAUACUUUCUUCCUUUCCAAAUCAUCACCAGAUUCAUCACCUUAUUAAAUGCAGAAGUUAAUUUGUAUCUAAUGGGGCAAAGUGGAAAUUUUACUCAAUUAUUCUAAGUUUACAGUAAUAAUAUUUUAAAAAUUAUAUUAUUUUGCAUGAAAGAAUGUCUUUUAUGAGCUAUUUAUACCUAAAGUUAGUCCGAAAUAACAGAGACUUAAUGUAUUUGUAACCCAUCAAUUUGAGUUUUCCUUAAUACAUCAUUCCCUUGCUGUAGUUUCAAAGUCUUUCUGAAGCAGAUAAGGGGAAGGAGUACCAUUCCUUUCAAGGGAAAGAGGGAGCAUGGAGAACAAAACUAAGACUUUCAAGAAACAAUUGUCAGAGAGAAUUUAAUGGAAACCACUACCUAUAUAGAGUUCUGAGUGUUGAGAACAAAUAUUAACAUGUACUUUUCAAAUGUGUGUAAUACAUAUUCAAGCUUACAAAGCAAAUUUAUGUUGUUACCUUGCCUGACAAACUAUAUUUUAGUGAGAGAACUUUGUAUCAGUAGUUUAUGCAGGAGAAAACACUUUUAACAUAUGGACAGUUUCAAGAUCUAAGAGGGAAAAAAAAUGGCAGUCUUCAAUUUUAAAAUCUGUUCUUUGAGUCUGUAAAUAAUUAACUACCAUGUUCUAUUACCAAGUUGUUUUAUAUUUUAGUUUUCUGGAAGACAAUUUUAUUUUACAAUGUAAACUCAAUAAAGUAACUUCUGUAUUAAAAAA